AGCUCGGUGGAGUCCGAGUACAUGGCACUCUUCCGUGCCAUAAGAGAGGUUGUGUGGCAGCGGCGUUUGCUAGCUGAAUUGGGGGAGGAGCAGCAAGGACCUACCCCACUCUACUGUGAUAGCCAGGGUGCUAUUGCAUUGGCUAAGAACCCCGUUCUUCAUGGCCUUACCAAGCACAUGAAGGUGAAGUGGCAUUGGGUGAGGAGCAUGGUAACCGCGGGUGAAGUGGAGUUGCACUACGUGAAGACGACGGCGCAGCCUGCUGAUAUGAUGACCAAGAGGCUGGUUGAGCAGCAGCAUUGGAAGUGUUGCAAGCUUGAUGGGAUGGCUCUGAACUAAGGGGAGCAGAUUCUAAGGCCAACAAUCCAAGGGGGAGUUUGUUGGUGCAACCUUAUGGCUUGCACUCGGCUUGUCGUCCUUGUUUGUGUGUGUGCAUGCAUGGCAUGGAAUGAAUUGUGAGUCUAUGUCAUUGCUAUCCAGUGCUUUUGUGUGUGUUUGAAUGGUGUAUCACAAUGUGGUUUGUGU